AGCUCAGUGUCCCAAAUUCACACCUCUUCUCCGCAAAGAUGGCUGCUUUUUCCAAUUCUGUGACUUUAACGAGAAACCCUAGAAUUCAUCUCUCUUACGGCUCUUCUCUGAAGCUACAGGAGCUGUCCCUUAGGAGUGCUUGCCCUGUCAACUUGUCAUUUAAUUCAAAUCGUCCAGGGAAAGUGCAGCUUGCUACCUCUCGAAGGUCACUAACAGUUCAAGCUGCUUAUAGGGAUGAUGGAAGGCCGAGCAGUGCAAGCAUCUUUGUUGGUGGUUUUGUUUUGGGAGGAGUCAUAGUUGGUGCACUUGGAUGUGUAUUUGCUUCUCAGAUCAGCAAUGCACUAGCUGGAGUUGACAGAAGGGAACUAAUGAGGAAACUACCCAAAUUCAUAUACGAUGAAGAAAAAGCCUUGGAAAGAAAACGGAAGAUACUAUCUGAGAAGAUUGAUCAGCUCAACUUAGCUAUUGAUGAGAUUUCUGCCCAGAUCCGAUCUGAAGAUGCCCCAAAUGGAGUAGCUGUUAACUCCAAUGGAGUGGAAGCUACCGUAUGAGCUCUGUUUCCUGUUAAAUUGUGUUAUAAGCGAUUUUCAGUUUCCUUGUUACAAAAUAAUUAUUGUAAUGUAUUUCUCCCCAGCAAGUAGUGUAUGUACUCUUUGAAUGUUGCAGUUGUUGCAUGAUUAUUACACGUUUUUGCCUGGAAUAGAAGUAAAACUUGUAAUUUUUG